GUCAAGAUGGUCAUGGUGGUCAUGAUCAGAGAGAUGUCGAGAUAAAAGCUUCCUCGCCUCCUCAGAUCGGAGACGACCUUGUCUUGAGAAGAACGCUCGACUUUGAUGAGCCAGCACAUGUGCUCCACGACUCCGCGCGCAAGAAAACUAGCACAAGCGGCGGGAUACGUUUUCCUUCAAUAACGGGGGCUGAGCGUCGUGAAUCUCCUUCCUCUCUGGUGCUCACCGUAGCGAGUCCUCGUGGGUUGCUAGGCGAAAAUACAGGGAACAUAUCUUCAACGUCAAGGCAAAAACAAGGAACGUCACCAACAACCAGAUUGAAAGGAACGGUCAUGGAAAAAUCCGCUGCUGAGACGGUGGCUCGGAAUCUUUUAGUCCAACACGGUUGCAGCGAGGAAAACUCCCUCGACGCGAAGACGGAAGCCAGACCUGGUUAUGAGGAACACAAUUAUCCGAUUGAUGAAGAUUCCUUUCUUCAAUUCUGUGACGAGCAGCAAAAAAAUUCGCCAUCGGUUUCGCGGCUUGCAGCAUCUUGUACAACUACAACAACAAGGACGCAAAGGUUCUUGUCUUCAGCAAGUGUUUCCACCUCAGCAAGCUCAUCCCUUAAUGCAGCAUUGUCGAGUAGUCAAUCGUAUGCACCACCUACGGCGCGUACGACCGGGAUCCCUUCCCUGGUCAGUUCGUCUUCGCUUUUUCCCGAGAAUGCCUCCGAAGAUCAUCCGCGGGCCACACAAAACAGUCUUCCGCGUUCUUCGCAUCUCUUGCUCUUGGAAGACGAAGAAGACGGUGUGCAGGCUUCUGCCGACAACACUGGCAACCUGCGGCAAAAGGAAAAGGACGCGCUCGAGGCUGGAAACAUGAACAGCACAAUAUCAGCUUCGGCACUGCGGACUUCCGUCGCAUCGAGCUCCCCACCAACUUCUCAUCCACAGAGCUCCCCACCAACUUCUCAUCCGCAGAGGUCUCCUCCGACGCCGUCAUCCUCGCGCUCCGUAACUGCUCUGGAGCCUGCAAGUUGUCUCGGUCAUGGAAGACAUAACGAACAUCGCGCUUCCGCAACCAGAAGGCAAGCCGCUCUUUCUCCUGCGAUAAGACAAGACACGACGCAUUUAAGCAGAGCUGCAAAAAAUAAAAAAGCGGAAAAUAUGACGAGCAGCGUUAUUACGAAAGCUCCCUACAGCCGAAGCCAAGGAAAGGACGACACCGGUGCUCCUGCGGAGCAGCGUCGAGAGGAGAAAACCCGAGCGCCCGCUUUUGUUUUUGGCUGUCAGAAGCGGCAACUACAAGAAGCACAUGGCCGUUUGACGAGGGCUGACAAUUCAUCCCAGCAAGUCAUGGAUGCUACUCGUGGCGCACUAGCAGAGGCGAAGACACUCGCAG